CUGUAGACUAGUAGAUCUUACCUAUUAAAAGGCUAUUACUAUUAGAUCUAGACUUCUAGAUCUAUAUAGAUCUACAUGCGUACGGGUGGAUGACAAAUAUUGAGUUGAGUUGACAAUUCAAUAUCUACUGGGUAAGAAUGCUCUCAACAAAGGUGUUCAGUUCAGGGGAUAAUAUUCAGAAUCAAAAAAUACUUUGCAACUCCACUGCUGUCCACCCAGACAAGCUUGAAGAGGUUUAUGAAACAGAGAGAAGUUUAGAAUGGGUGAUUUCUAACAGUUUCAAAAAGAUUGCUCUGCAGUUCCCUGAUGAUCUUUUGGUUGAUGCUCCUACAGUCGCAGAAAUUUUGCAAGAAAAAUUACAAGAUUGCACUGUGUUUAUACUGGGAGACACUUCAUAUGGCAGCUGCUGUGUGGAUGAGGUAGCAGCACAGCAUUAUGGUGCUGACUGUAUCAUACACUAUGGUCAUACAUGUCUUAGCCCUACUUCCAAACUGCCAGUUUUGUAUAUAUUUACAAAAUCUGAGGUUGACAUUGACGACUGUAUGAAUCAGAUGCUGGGAACUUGUACAGAAAGAGAGAUGAAAGCUAUUCUAGUCUGCAGCACUGCCUAUCUACAUGCAAUAGAUAAACUUUUCUUAAAGUUAAAGGAGCACUACAGAAAUGUACUAGCUACAUCACCAGUUACCUCUAAAAACAGUAAAGGGAAUGAUUCAUCUGAGGUGACUGUGAUUACUAAGUGUGGUCGCAGGAUUGAAAUUCCAGCAGGAGACUGUCUCAACGACUAUUCUUUUAUCUACAUCGGCAGUAACCAGGGCCCUGAACUGACAGUCAUGAUGAUGACAUUAAACAAGUGCCGGUUCUAUACCUAUGACCCCACUGAGAGGAUAUUCAGAUGGGAACAGGUCAACAUGAACAAAGCUCUUAUGAAAAGAUACUAUUACAUAGAAAGGGCUAAAGAUGCGAACAUUGUUGGGAUUGUUGUGGGGACACUGGGGGUCAGCAGAUAUAAGGAGAUGAUUGACCACCUUAAAGCUUUGCUAAAAAAAUCUGGGAAGAAAAGUUAUACAUUUGUGGUGGGCAAGCUGAAUCCAGCCAAGCUGGCAAAUUUUGCAGAAGUGGAUUUGUACGUCUUGGUUGCAUGUCCAGAAAGCAGCUUGCUUGACCAGUCUGAGUUUUUCCAACCAAUUAUCAGCCCUUUGGAGUUAGAGAUUGCCUGUAAUCAAGCCAGACAGUGGACUGGGGAUUACAGCCUGGACUUUACUGAACUAUUGCCAGGAUCUGCUUUGUACAUUGAAGCUCCUAAUUUUGAUAGCACUAAUGAUGACCUGGCAGAUGUUUCUUUGAUAAACAACAGAGUGAGAACCAUUGGGAUGCAGGAUACAUCAUCACUGGGGAAGAGCCCCUCUACUGAUGUCAGUUUGAUAAACGAAAACAGGUCCAUAGCUACCAUCGCAAGGAAUGCAGGAGAGUUUUUGUCAACUCGAAGCUGGAAAGGAUUAGAACAGAAAUUGGGAGAAACUGCUGUUAGCUUGGCUGUUCAGGGACAGUGUGGAAUAGCUGCAGGAUAUGAAAAUGAGCCUGCCAGUUAAGAACACUUUCAGCUCAGCACAAACUGUUACACAAAAGAACAUUAAAUGGGCUUUUUUUUUAACCAAACGAGGACAUGGAUACAAUACAUUUAUCAGUCUAGGAGUCUUGUGAAACAUACUGCCAUGCAUUAUUGUAAAAGAACUGCUAAUUUUUACUGUAAGCGUUAUAUAAUAGUUUUGCUAUUGUAUUGUAGCAAGCAAAUGCUGUUUCCUUGAUGAAAUCAGGCUAGUGAAACAUAAACAGAAAAUAUAUUUAAUAGUAGAAAAGUAUUUGAACUAAUGAAAUAAAAAAAAAAGCCUAGUCUUUUUAUAUAUAUAAUUUCAUCAUUAUUUUGUUUCAAUUCAAA